AUGACCUUAAAAGCAAUUGCUGUAAUGCACGGUGACAAACCGGAAACCAAAACUAGCGGUGUUGUUACGUUCACUCAAGAAAAUGAAAAUGCUCCUACCAUAAUCGAUGUGAAUAUUAGUGACUUGACACCAGGAGAUCAUGGAUUCCAUGUUCAUGAAUAUGGAGACAAUAGUAAUGGAUGUACCUCCGCUGGUGAACAUUAUAAUCCAUUUAAUAAAACACACGGUGCUCCGACUGACGAAAAUCGUCAUCUAGGAGAUUUGGGUAAUCUCACGGCCUCUAAGGAUGGUAUUGCGAAAACUCAGAUUAAGGACAACCAUAUUACUUUGACAGGACCAAAUUCUGUUAUUGGUCGCACGAUCGUCGUUCACUAUGAUUCUGACGAUCUUGGUAAAGGCGGACAUGAACUUUCUUUUAAGACUGGCAAUUCCGGUGGCCGUGUCGCGUGCGGUGUUAUUGGAAUUUCUAAUGGAGCUACUAAUGAGUCAACAAAAGCUAUGCAAAUAAAAAGUAAAAUUUGA